CCUCGAUCCUUGUAUUUAGAUUUAGGUUUUUAUAAUGCUAAACACUUCCCAUUGGUACAUCAAAUGUAGUAAUUUACAGUUUAACUACUAUGACUCUGACUGAGCUUGGGAUCCUAAUCUCGACCGUUGUCAGUUUUGUGCGAGGUCCAUUUGUGAAGCAAAGAAAUUAAAGCAUGCCAUAAUUUAAGGUAAUCUGCAAGUUCAUGUUUCUACAGUAGCAACAGCUGGUUAUCCAACAAUUAAAACUCAAAAUACAGUUUCAGUUAUUUUCAAUUCGCAGUACAAGUUUAACCAAAAAAGAACAAAAAUAUCAUGAAGUGAAAAGCAUAAACUAAAUUUUUUGCCAUGCUAGUUAUAAUCUUAUGGACAUUUACAAUUGAGGUAAAGAAGGGUAAGGUACAGUUUUUGGACUCGGCGAGAUUUUAUAUUCAUUGGGUUGGUGUGUCUCUGUGUGGCAAAUAGCUAGUGUUGUGAUGGGUGAACGAUUGUUAUGGAGUUCAACUCUCCGGCAGUAUUUAAAGUCAUUUACAUUGACAAGUGCAAGGUAAUUAGCUGACUUUAAAUAGUUCAUGAUGAUGCUUGAGAUAUAGGCCUAAGAAUGAGUACAAAUAAUUGUAGUAGUACGGUGUUGAUUCUGUACACAAAUCUAGACCUAAGAAUUAGGAGGAAUAAUUCUCUCUAAAAUUGCUAUAGCUGCAAACGAUAAGAAAAUAUAACAAGAUCCUAAAUCUAGUUGUACAAAUCAGAAUUGUGUGAUUCUAAUUUCACUAUCAUUGACAGACAUGACCUAUUUCCCAAAUUUGAGGAUCUUUCAUCCAGGGCCAUCUCUAGGCCAUGUACAUUAUUCCACUCUGUGAGCCUCCAAUGAAUCUCUAUAUUCAAAUAAAGAUGAGGGAAUACAUUUAUUAUUUUAGAGAAAAUGUUCGCAGGAAUGUCUUAUCGUAUGAGCUUUUAGGCAAGGUAGUAGGAGAAAUCAAUUUUAUUAUAUAACUCUAAUGCCAGCGUAAAUGUCACCACAUAACUGUAGCCCUUAAAAAUACUUUGUUUGUGCUUUUUAUUUUAUUCCUAGUUUCAUAUGAAAUAGAUGAUGACUAGCAAAUUAAGAACACGUGCAUUGGGGAUGCAGGCAAUUGUAACCAACUUGAGCAUGGCCAAUGAAAUCAGAGUAUCGGCAUUUCAGUAAAAUGCUGUAUUCUUUUCUGAUUAUUCUAUGCAAACAAUUAUUUUUCUCUUUGAUAGAAUCUCCUUGCUUCUGCUCUACUAUCCAAGCGCUCAGCAUCUUUUCUCCAUGCUUAGCCUUUUUAAUCUGUUUGAUAGCAGUUCUAUUCUGUUUUGACCGUUAUUGCUUCUUUUUCUUUUAUAUAGUGUCUUUUGCCUUCCGCUUGGCAGGAUGUAAUUAUAAAUUCAUGAAUAAUAUUUCUUCUUCUCUUACUCCUUUCAUCUCUUUUUCUCUCCUACCUGUUCUGUUUGUCAAACCCCUGCAAUACCAUGUUCUGCAGAAUUUGUUUGUUCUUGAUUUACAGUUUUCAACCAUCCUUGCACUACCAUGUUGUGAAGAACUCAGCUUACUAGGGGUUCAAUCCACCCAGAAUAACAACGAUGAUUUCUCCACCAGUAAUGGUGCUCCCCCUGAUAGAACUGCAACCAACAGCCUAUUGUACUCGCAUUUCUAAGGUGGAAUUCCAUCGGUUUGAUGGUAAGAAUAUUAAAGAAUGGUUGUAUAAGUGCACUCAGUUCUUUUCUGUGGAUGGCACAACAGAAACUUCUAAGGUUCGUUUUGCGCUCUAUUUACCUUAAUGGGAUUUCCCUACGGGGGCAUCUCAACUCUAUGCAUUGCAAAUUUGAUGUCUAUUCCUCCUGGUCUCAAUACAUUGUUGAUGUAGCUCAACGAUUUGGUGAAGUUUAUGAUGACCCACUCAAUGUUCUAAUUCAAGUGAAACACACAGGCAAGAUACAGGAAUAUGUGGAUGAUUUCGAGCUAGCCUUAGGCAGCCCUUCUUGCUGAGUGCUCUUUGAGCAUAUUCUUCUGUACUCAGGAACAUGAAACCCAGAUGAUAUUCAAGAUUAUAUUAACCAUAACCUAAGAAAUAUGAUGAUAAUGCACCUACAUAGUUGGAGACAAUUGCAAAUUAGUGCCAAAUUUUAUGAAAAUAAAGAUUUGAGUCUUAUUGACUAACUAUUAAUCAAUCUUUAACAAAAAGUGUCUUCUUGAAUGGAAUUGUGUCAUGUCAUACGUAAUUGAGGGUUGGGUUUUUCUAUUGUUUUAUUGACAUCACUUAUCUUGUUUUUUAAUUUCUAACAUUUGAAAAAAAAAAUUACUUCUGUUUCAGUAAUUUUAGAACUGAGCUGAAAAUGGAAGAGCCUACACACCGAACAUGGAUGUAUGCUAGGCUGCUUCCUAGACGAAAAGGUUAUAGAAAAUUUUUUUUAGAAGGUGUCAAAGAGUUUAUUGAUUUUGCUUGUCGACAACCACAAUAUUUGAAUGAAGGUGUGAUAAGGUGUCCAUGUAAGGUAUGUAAAAAUGAAAAGGAUUUAGUCCCAAGCACAGUAAAUACUCACAUUCGUGAGGAAGGGUUUGCACCAAAAUAUUGGUACUGGACGUUCCAUGGAGAGAAAGUUCCUCAUAAUAAAGAUGAUGUUGAAAUGAAUUCUAUGAGUAAAAAUACAUCAGAGUUGUCUGCUGCUAUUACAAUGUUAAACAUGUCACAAGCUUGCUUCGAUGAUCAACCUCAACUCAUUCAAACUCAACCUCAACCUCAACCUGAGUCUAUUCAAUCUCAUUCUCUAGCUCAGUCUCAAUUUCAUUCCACCCAACCAACUCAACCUCCAAUCCAAUCACAAUGUCAUGGCACCCAACCUACACAACCUCAACCUCAAAACCAAUCUGAACACAUACCUACCAAAGUCCUUCAUUUGGAAGAAUAUCCAAUGGUCAAUAAAGCCCAAACUUCUUCAUCUGGUCAAGUCAGUGAAGGCAAUACUGGAAACAAAAUCAUGAUACUUCCAGAAGGGGAUGGGUUUGAUCAACAUAAGUUGGUGGUUCGAACAAUUGCUUCCAUCAUUCGUACUAACUUGGAGGAGGCAAAACCAUCAUGGAAACAAUUAUCUCUAGGUCAAAGGAAUUUGUGGUUUAAUAUAUUUAAAUCAAAGUUCACAUGGCCACCUCAAUACAAGGACAUGGUGCGACGCAACUUUGAGAAGAGGGGUUCAGCUAAAAUGACUCAAUUAAUGCAAGAUGUUCGGAAAAAUUUAAAUCAAAAACCAACUUGGAUGGAAAAUGAUGUGUGGGAACUAUUGAAAGAACAUUGGGGUUCCUCAAAUUUUAAACAAAAGUCUGAAAUAAAUAAAAGAAAUCGUGAGUCUAUGGAUGGUGCAUCACUUCACACCGGAGGAUCAAUUCCUCAUCGUUUGCAUUGGAAGAGAAUGAAAGAGGCAAAAGGGACAGAUCCAUCAUUGGUGGAGUUUUAUUUUCGUACUCAUCGAAAGAAAAAAGAUCAAAGUUGGGUGGGUCCUCAUGCAGAAUCCGUUUAUGUAAGUUUUAUUCUAACGAAUGAUUUGAGUCAUAUUUCAUUGUUUAUUUGAAUUACAAUCUGAACU